GCAUCGCCGUCGGGCAGUGGUGAAUCUGACGAUAGCAAGUGGGUCAGGAAGUGGCUGGAAGGCAAAGGCAAAGAGUCCCAAUCUCGUGCGUAUGCAGACGGCAGGGAUGCGAGUACGAAGUUCUAACAGCUGGUGAGUGCGUUGGCUUAUUGAUUAGGUGACCUGUGGUUGGGAAGGAAAUAUCCUUUCUGUAUCCUUGUAUGCAUUUUGGUGCAUUAUGAUGUGAUGCUGUAGCAGUAUAUGCCGGUCUGUUUAUGUAUUUGUUCAUUUGUUUUAUGGUUUGCUUGUCCCACUUUUGCUGUCUGUGUUUUGAAUUUGUGAUCAUAGAUUUUGGAUUUAGAGAAACAGCUAUGGGUGCUGAGCUAUUAAUUCUGGCUGAUGCUAAGGAGCUUGUGGGACAGGCAUUUGAGCUGUUGGGAUUGUUGAGGCAAUUGAAUGAUGAAAUGGCAAACGACAUUAACAUGGCUGAUGAUGAAUGGAAGGAGAGCGUUGCCAGAGCAGCUAGUGUACAGGAGUCACUCGUAUCAGUUCAAGCACAAAUAAACGAUCCAGUUGUACAAGCCUCUUUGGAAACGCAAAUUGACAAGAAACGAAAUCGACGAGCUUACCUGAAACGGAGACGGAAGAGAAAGUGGGAAGAGAAGCGGGAACAGAGUGCUAAGAGUCAGCAGCUUCAUCAAGAAAUAGAUGAAUGGCGAGCAAAACUAAUCGCUGCAGACAUUGCCAGCAAGCGAGAAAGCGAAUUAAGACUGGAAGCAGGAGAGACGUUGACUGAGGUGAAGGCUAAACAACGUGAAGCAGACAAGAUGAAGCAGCUUUUGGAGAGUCUCAAAGAACUAAGAGCUCAUAGACUGGAAUCUGCUCAGAAAAGGGGUGAGAAAUUCACUGAGGAAACUAAAGUAUUUGAAGAACGUGUUAAGAAACUGGAAUCACUAAUACUUAGACAGCAAGAAACAUAUCAGUCAGAGGAGAAAACGCUUAGAACUCUUAUGGAGGAAGAAGGUGAAGUUGUAGAGCAAGAGCAAUUGAAGUUGGUCCGUGAAGUGGCAAAACAAGAAGAGACUUCAGUAUCACAUGGUGAAGAUCCAAUGAAGGAAUUUGUGGAAUACUACUCUCAAGCAGAUAGAUAUCUUGACUCAUUUAUUGGCAUCAGGCAUUGGUGGGACUCUUUUGUUGUACCAUCAGAAAUUCCAGGCGGGAGCAGAAUACCUGAUGGUUCUAUUGAAGCUGUUGAACCAAGCACAAAGGCAUGGGAACAAUAUCUGUCUACAGAUAAAGAUAAAUUGAACUGUGCUGUUGAAGAAAGGCAGCAAUAAUUGGUCAUGGGAGUCAGAUGUAGUUUGACAGCUUUAAGCUUUACACUUGUGUAUGAAAUGUGCAGCAUGAGAACAAUGAGGUACCAGAUGUGAUUGGCUUUCUAUUUAUUGUCCACUUUGCAAAAUUAUUUGAAGGACAUAUGUUAUUAUUAAUUGUUUCCUAUUUCUCUAUACAAUGUUUUCAAGGUGAUGGCUCAGUUUAUGUUAAUUAAAUUAUUUGGGCUAAUUUUAUGGUGAAAUAUGUGAAGGAGAGGCAAUGGCUUUGCCAGACCAAGUUGAUUGCUUUGGCUAGAGAAUGUGACUUCUUUUGGGACGUCACGCAGUGUUGCAUGCUGAAAUUGGUAUGCAGUGCCAUCCAAUAGUAUUGACAGCAGAAGUAAAUUGUUAAAUUAGGAAUAUUUUAAUUAGGCUUGUAGAAGCAAUGAAAAACGAUAUUUUAAGGUA